AUGUCAUAUGUCUGCUUCUUUCAGAUUCCUCAUCCCUCAUUCCUAACCCAGAUGGCUGAGGGGGAAGGGGAUCCCAGGGAUCUGAUUAAACUGACACAUGACAAACUCUCUGUGGACACAGUGUCAGACUCUGUCACCUGCCCCUCCUGUGGAGCCAUCUCCAUCUUCAUAGGUGGGUAUGGACUAUACACAACUCAGUUCAACUACUGUUUUAUGUCUAUUGUUUUAUCAGAACACACAUGGUUUUACUGACCAAUGUAAGGUGUCAUGUAGCAUUGAGUGAGUAACCUGUGAAAUACAUGUGUAAUGGAGGUGGGUCGAUGAAUGCCUAGAUUUUAGUUCAGCAGGCUAACACAGUGUUGUGGCACAUAUGUUCAGUCCAAGCUGAGGCCAUAAUGCCAGUGAUGAUUGUGAUUCGUUAUUUCAGGGACGACGAGGAACAGUUUCGAGGGGAUGAAGGUGGUGCAGCUGGAGUAUGAAGCCUACGUCCCCAUGGCCGAAUCAGAACUCAGGAAGAUAUACACUGACAUCAGGGCAAGAUGGCCGACUGUCAGGCACAUCUGUGUUCAUCAUCGACUGGGGUGAGCUUCACAAAUCCCUCACUGUCUCAUUCCUGGUAAACAAACAAACUACCUACCUACCUACCUACCUACCUACCUACCUACCUACCUACCUACCUACCUAACUAACUAACUAACUAACUAACUAACUAACUAACUAACAAACAACUACUUAGUUACUACUGUAUGUCAGACGAUGGGCGGGGAACUGUAACACUAACUAUAGGAUAACUAUGCUAUAAGAUGUUUCUUCUUCUGUUUUCUAGGGUGGUGCCUGUGACUGAGGCCAGUGUGAUCAUCGGCAUCUCAUCUCCUCACCGAAGGGGACUCUCUGGAGGCAGUGCAGUACUGUAUAGACACCCUGAAAGCCACCGUUCCCAUAUGGAAGAAGGUAUGCAGAGCCUGAUCAUGUAGUUAGAGAAGGUUGCCUAUUCUUAUUACUGAAAUGCUACAUUAAUACAAUGUUGUUACUGUAGUCAUUACAUUGUUACUGCACAGGUUUAAAAUCAACUUCAUUUAAAGUCUUUACAAAAUGUAUGUAUGGGUACAAUGUAGUACAGAAUGGUCACAAGACAUAGGGUAAUCAUUAAAGGGAUACUUCAGGAUUUUGGCAAUGAAGCCCUUUAUCUACUUUCCGAUGAACUUGUGUAUACCAUUUUUAUGUCUCGGUGUGCAGUUUGAAGGAAGUUGUUAACUUGCGUUAGCGCAAUUGCUAACUAGUGUUAGCACAAUGACUGGAAGUCUAUGGUAACUGCUAGCAUGCUAGUAGAUACCAUAGGCUUCCAGUCAUUGCGCUAACACUUGUUAGCAUUUGCUCGCAAAACGACCUCUAACUUCCUCCAUACUGGAUGCAGAGAUAUAAAAAUGGUAUCCAUGAGUUCAUCUGACUCUUGGGAAGUAGAUACGGGGUUCAUUGCCAAAAUCCUGAAGUAUCCCUUUAAUGAUUACCCUAUGUCUUGUAAAUGGCUACACUAUGAGUCUCUGUGGGAAGUGAUAACUUCAUUGCAAAUCUGGUAUCCCUUUAAUAUUACCUAUUCUUGUGACCAUUCUGUACUACAAUUGUAACCCAUACAUACAGCGUUGUAACGAUUUAAAUUAAGUUGCUCAUAUACCUGUGCAGUAACCAUGUAAUUACUAUACUUCACUGCCAAAAUCCCAAAGUUUCCCUUUAAGUAAGAGUUGUGUGAACUUCCACAACUAAACUAAUUAUUGUCAAGUGACUCAGUCACAUGGCUGCAGAGCCUGUCUGAAGAGGACACAGUUUGAAUUAGUGCAUUAGUUCCACAGGAAGCUAAUGCUGGGGGAUGUUUUCUGUCUUUGGUAGGAGGUGUAUGAAGCUGACGAGUCCUGUUGGAAAGAGAACAAAGAGUGCCAGUGGACAUAACAGAGUUGACCUCUAA